AUGCGCAAGGCUUGUAGCGACGACGAAAAGAGCAAGAUGAAUGAGCGUCAAGCGCCCAAUACAUCCAAAGUGCGGCUUUUAGACCUCCCUUCUGUCCCCACGUAUCCUUUUGAUCCUCUAGCCUGGCCGAUCCGUGCUCUCCUUCGCACAAACACGUAUCGGGUAGUGAGUCACCAAGUCUGGAUAACGAUACGGGGAGCGGAUGGCGGAGGAGAAACGUGGUGGAGUCGAACCUUGGAGACGUAUGAAGGCGAUCGGCCGCUAUUCAGGCCACUUAGCGUUCGCCACCAUUUUUCUCAACCGGAAGAGCGAGGAAGAACAUCGUGCAGCCCGCACGAAAAGCACGAUGGGACACACGGACACGACAGAUCGUCCACGGGAACAAAUGAUCGUCAGAGCGACCCCGACAAAGUGAGCAAGGUACUCGCAGACCACUGCAUACAUCCACCUGAGCAACACAUCGGUUCACGCACCUUUCCCUCGAUAGUCCAAAGCGCACACACGUCUGCGCCGCAUGAACUCGACCACACAGGGGGGACAAUCGACCGGAGACCAUGCGGGAUGCUGUACAGGAUAGCUUUACGGACGAACGAACAUGUCGUGGUGUACAUUCGGCAACGCAAGCCAGGCCAAAGGCGUAGAAGAAAGAGUACACAAGAUGAUAGAGCAACUAAGACCGGGGUAUUAUCGGCACUACCCGCUCACACCAUCCGACCGUCUUCCAACACAACAACACCAUCGAAUCCGACCCUCCGCCCGCUUCAUCUCACGAUGGUCGACCUUGCUGCUGCAUGGCGCAAAUUCGUCGCCCAACCACUCGACCAGCCUUCCCUGACUGAGGGGAAAGCGCCGUACUGUUUCUCGCCGGGCCGUGCACUAUGA